GGGAAAAGUCGAAAAUCCACCAUACUGGAUCCUACGAUGUUUUAAAGCCUUUCAAUGGACAAAAUGUUAUCGUGUGAUGCAAGUGUUACUCUGAACUUCAUAUAUUUUGCCUGCUUUAUAUGGCAGACAUAAUAGCAACGACGUGCUUGAUGACCUCAUCGAUUUCACUCUUUCGUACGACACCGAGCGACCGAGAUGUCUCUCGGGCUUUGAAUUAA